AUGGAAAGGGGAAACAUGAGCUUUCCCAACACCUUUGUCCUGCUGGGCUUCUCAGAGUUUCCCUGGCUGGAGAGGCCCCUCUUUGCAGUGGUCCUGGUCUCCUACAUCCUCACCCUGGUGGGGAACAGCUCCAUCGUCCUCCUCUCCCUGGUGGACCCCAGACUCCAGACACCCAUGUACUUCUUCCUGGACAACCUCUCUCUGCUGGACCUCAGUCUCACCUGCACCACUGUGCCCCAGCUGCUGGUCAACCUGUGGGGACCAGACAAGACUAUUGCUUCCUGGGGAUGCAUCACACAGGCCUAUAUAUUUGCUUUAACAGGCUGUGCUGAAUACAUCCUGCUGGCCGUGAUGGCCAUUGAUCGCUAUGUGGCCAUCUGCCAACCCCUCCGGUACACUCUCAUCAUGCGUCCCUGGGUGUGUGUGCAGAUGGCUGCUGCAUGCUGGUCAAGUGGCCUGGCCAGUUCUCUGCUCCAAGCUACACUUACCCUAAAGCUCCCCCUCUGUGGGCACCACACCCUAGACCACUUGUUCUGCGAGGUGCCUGUGCUCAUCAAGCUGGCCUGUGGGGACACAACAGCUAAUGAGCUAACCCUGGCUAUAGGUGCCAUUCCUUUUUCAGGGGUGGCUCCCCUGAUGGUGGUCAUCUCCUACACCUUCAUUGCUAGGACUGUACUGAAGCUCCCUUCAGCUGAAGGAAGGCACAAGGCACUCAGCACCUGCAGUUCCCACUUGCUGGUGGUCACCAUGUUCUUUGGCCCUUCCAUGUACAUGUACCUCCAGCCCCCUGCCCACAACACACAGGCCAAGUUCACAUCUUUCUUCUACUGUGUGAUCACCCCAGUGCUCAAUCCACUCAUCUACACCCUGAGAAACAAGGAUGUGAAGACGGCAUGGAAAAGGGCCCUUCAAUCCCAGGCCAGAGGAUUAACUUCA